GAUCCGCUUACCCACGGUCCCUGGAGGAGCUGGCAGUAGCUGUCCAGCUCUCACUGGCACCCAUGCCCGGGCGAGUCCAUGGGGAGAGGCCGGAGGGCUGGAGCCCUGGCCCACCACCCUAUGAGGAGUACCGCCCGCCGCCGCUGGACUCCAUCCCCCUGCCCAGGGACGUGCCCUAUCUGCUGCUGGCUGGAGUCCUGGUGCUGUUGGUGGCAUAUGCCAUCGUGGGACACCUCAUCAAGGACCUCGCCCAUGACCUGGCUGAUUGGGCGUUUGGCCCCAAGCCGGACCAGGGGGACGCCCCCCGGGAGAUGCGCCCGAGUGUGGACGGGGCGGAUCUGGAAGAGCUGGACCUGGAGCUGGCCCUGGCGUGGCGUGGCGACGAGGACGUGGGCGGCAAAGCAGAGACCCCCCGUCGCCCCUCCGUCUCCUUCCAGGACCCGUCGGCCCGGGCUGCUUUCUGGAAGCUGGACUGAGAGUCCCCUGCCCCUCUCCAAGGGCCAGCUCAGACCUGGCGGAAAAUCUUUCCUGUUAGAGUUGGU